AUGGCUGAUUCUAAGACGCAAACGGCAAUGGCCAGCAAAAACCUUUUGCUGUUCGGACCUGGUGCUAUGACACUGGACGAAGCGUACUACAAUCGCAUUCUUUCAUUCAUGAAAGAAGGUUCCAAGAGUCAGUGGGCGUUGGAUGCCGUUGACGACAUUGGAAACUAUUGGGAAUCAGUGUGUGAGUUGAUUCCCAAACUCGAGCAAGUCUCGGGCGUGAGCGAUGCCCAGAGGCUAGCGAACUGGAUCCGAAAGGGCACCAUUCCAUCUCAGUCAACCGUCUCGAACCUGCCCAACUCAAUUCUAGGGCCUCUUGUCAUCAUCUCGCAACUGGUUGAAUACAUCCAGUACAUCACUUCAUCUUCAAAAUCAAGUCAAACCGAGACAAACAAAUUCCCCAAGCCUUCCAAAACAAACACAGAGACAGUAGGGUGCUGUCUUGGUGUAUUUAGCGCUCUAGUGGUAUCAUCCAGCUCGUCUUGGCGGCAGUUUCACCACAAUGCUUGCGCAGUCCUUCGUACAGUUUUCAUUCUAGGAGCAUUGUCAGAUGUGCAGGACAAUGAUGAUAAGUCUGGCUCUUCCGUCUCCUUGAUAGCGUUUUGGAGAGGUGGCCGCUCGCUGUCCGACCUAGAAAAGGCUCUGGAAAAGCAUCCCGAGGCUUAUGUUUCCGUUCUUUACGAUGAAAACCGAGUAACUGUGACAACAUCUACUCGUACGGUAUCAGAUCUGAAGAGAAGUCUACAGACGAUUGGGAUCACAACCAACGAAACCGAAUUUCACGGACGCUUCCACGCCGGAAAGCUCUACAAAGAGGAACUUGAGAAAUUCUUCAACUUUUGCAAUAGUUUUCCUGCAUUCCAACUCCCAGAUGCCUCUUGCUUGGUUGUACCGACUCGCAUAAACGCCGAUACUACCCUGAGUGAACCAGGUAACCUUCUCGAGGCGGCUUCGCGGGCCUUCUUGGUGGAGCGGUUCAACUGGAUCAAGACAUUUCGAGCCGUGGUAUCUAGUUCGUUGCAAGAUAGAAAUUCUCGAGUGAUUGAAUUUGGACCUGAAAAAUGCGUUCCUCCUACAUUGCUCCGACGGCUGAGCAGUCAAAUCAACCACUUCGAUUUUGAGCAAAGCAUCGCCUGCACUAUUAAUGGCACUAUAUCCUCGAGCUUGGACUUCAAAUCGACAGAUAACGAUAUUGCUGUGAUCGGCAUGUCAUGUUCUGUCGCCGGAGCCACUGAUCUCGAGCAGUUCUGGAAGAUUCUCUUGGAAGGCAAAUCACAACAUAGGAAACUUGUACCAAACGAUCGAUUUGUUAUGGAGACCGUUUUCAGACAACAUGAAAUGGGGGACGAGAAGAAGCCGUGGUUUGGCAAUUUUCUUGACGAUCAAGACACGUUCGACUCAAAAUUCUUCAAGAAGUCUCCCCGAGAAGCGCUGCAUAUGGAUCCCCAGCAGAGACUUAUUUUGCAGGCCGCGUAUCGGGCAGUAGCACAAUCUGGAUAUUACAACAAGCCCGAAUCGGAUAAUCGUGUUGGCUGCUAUAUUGGCCUGGUAGCUAAUGAUUAUGAGAACAACAUCGCAUGCACUGCUCCAACGGCCUUUUCGGCUACCGGCGCCCUAAGGAGCUACGUAUCUGGGAAAGUCAGUCACUUUUUUGGAUGGACAGGUCCAGGGAUGACGAUCGAUACUGCCUGUUCGGCAUCAACGGUUGCUAUUGAUCUUGCUUGCCGGGCCAUCUUGAGCGGCGACUGUUCUGCAGCGCUGGCUGGGGGGACGAACUUGUACACUACGCCCAUGUUCUUCCAAAACCUUGCCGCCGGGUCAUUCCUUAGCCCAACUGGACAGUGUAAGCCUUUUGAUGCAAACGCUGACGGCUACUGCCGAGGGGAAGCCAUUGGUGCCGUGUUUCUCAAGAAACUAUCCAGCGCUAUCGCUGACGGUGAUCAAAUCUUGGGCGUCAUCUCAUCCACGGCCAUUAAUCAGAACGACAAUUCUACACCGAUAUUCGUACCAAAUCCAAAGUCUCUCACAGAAGUCUUCAAGAAAGUUAUCUCCAAGUCUGGUCUUGACGCCAAGGAUAUCUCUGUCGUUGAAGCCCAUGGAACAGGCACACCCGUGGGAGAUCCGGUUGAGUACGACAGCAUCCGUCAGGUGCUUGGGGGUGCCACUCGUGUUGGGCUGGAUCCCUUGCAAAUAGGCUCAGUCAAGGGUUUGAUUGGUCACACGGAGGGAGCUUCCGGUGUUAUUGCUCUCAUCAAAAUCCUUUUGAUGAUGAACGAAGGUUAUAUUCCGCCACAGGCUAGCUUCACCACUAUCAGCCCUUCCAUCAGAGCGUCGGAUAUGGAUAAUAUGGCGAUAGCUCAGGCGCCUGUUCCGUGGAAAGAAACUUUAAAGGCGGCGCUUAUCAAUAAUUAUGGUGCUGCCGGAUCGAAUGCAUCAAUGGUCAUCAAACAGGCACCGAAGCUUGGUCUAGAGCGUGGGGAUGGCGACCAGAAAGAUGGUGCGUUGUUAUCAUCGCCCAUGGCCCCAUUCAAAUGUCCAUUCUACAUCGGUGGCCUUGAUGAGCAAGCCAUCAGACGGUAUGCUGCUGAAGUACGGGAAUUUAUCAAAAGAAAGGCGAUUUCAGGAGACUGUCUAGGCAUUGAAAAUCUAGCUUUCAAUGUAAACAGACAAUCGAAUUGGUCCCUCCGGCAUGCCAUGGUCUUCAGCUCCGACUCCAUUGAGGGCUUGGAUGGAGCUCUGGCCUCUAUUGGAACCUUUACUCGACCUUCCGCAAGACCCGUCAUCCUCUGCUUUGGUGGUCAGGUUUCCAAGUUUGUCGGCCUAGCCCGGGAAGUGUUUGACAAGGCUGCCGUCUUACGGAAGCAUCUCGAUCACUGCGAUGAUGUGUGCAAGUCGAUCGACGCAGGAAGUAUCUACCCUGGUAUAUUUGGGCGUGAGCCAAUUGACGACCCAUCAGUGUUGCAGCCGCUUCUCUUUGCAAUGCAAUACUCAUCUGCCAUGAGCUGGAUCGAGUGUGGAAUCAAGCCAGCAACUCUUGUCGGCCACUCGUUCGGGGAGUUGACGGCGCUUUGUGUUUCUGGUAUCCUUAGCCUUGAAGAUGCCUUGAAAAUUAUCUAUGGCAGGGCGAAGAUUAUUAGAGAUAGCUGGGGUUCCGAAAAGGGUUCCAUGAUAGCCGUGGAGGCAGACCUAGACGUCGUUACAAACCUUCUUGCUUUAGCAAACGCCUGCCUGCCUGCCCCUGAAGGCACAGGUAGAGCCACAAUCGCAUGUUUCAAUGGACCAAGGAGCUUUACCCUGGCUGGAUCCGUGGUUGCAAUAGAUGCGAUCGAGGAAAACAUUUCUUCCAAUCGUACCAAAGCUCCGAUUUCCAAAUACAAGAGAUUAGAUGUGACCAAUGCCUUCCACUCAACGCUUGUGGAGAAACUGAAACCGGAACUGGAAUCCUUGGCCCAAAAUGUCGUUCUGAAUCCGCCACAGAUUCGAAUGGACACUGCUACUGAGGAGCCUACAACUAAUCCAAUUUCCGUGAGCUAUGUGGUUGAACACAUGCGAAGGCCUGUGUACUUCAAUCAGGCAGUGCAAAGAAUCGCCAAAGAGUAUCCAGAGGCAGUCUGGUUAGAGGCUGGCUCCAACUCUACUAUUACCACCAUGGCAAACAAGGCCCUUGGAAUUCCAAAGGGUGCGACCUUCCAGCCAGUGAAUGUGACAAGUGCCAAUCAAGCCCUACAGAAUCUCGUUGACACAACAAUGACUCUGUGGAAGGCUGGUUUGCAAGUCACAUUCUGGCCACAUUCGCGACUUCAAACCUAUGAAUAUAGGCCUAUAUUCCUUCCAUCUUACCAGUUCGACAAACAGCGUUACUGGUUGGAUUUCAAACCCCCCCCAAAGCAGGUGAUCACGCAAGUUGUUGCUGAGCAGGCCAAUGGGCUCAGUACAGAACUCCCACCCGCAGGACUUUAUAUUUUCUUGGGCUAUACAGACGAUGCAGAGAACAAAUGUCAAUUCCGUCUUAAUACUGGAGCAACGCCGUACUUAAAAGCUAUGUCGGCUCAUGUUCUGCUCAAAACCCAAAAGACAUGCCCAAUCACAUAUGAGAUCGAUAUCGCCAUCCAGGCAAUUACAAGUAUCCGCCCCGAAUUAUCCCAAGAAGCGAACUUGCAACCUCAAAUCUACAACAUUACGAAUCAGUCUCCGAUUUUAGAUUCAUCGGGGGCCAUCUUCAUUUCCUUCGAGCGCCUUAGCCGUGAAGUAAAUAGUUGGAGUUUCGCGUUCACCAGCACCCUCAAAGGGUCUCCAGAUAUCGUACACUUGAGUGGGCAGCUUUGUUUCUUACCCAUUGACGAUCAUCGCUCCUGUCUCGAAUUCAGCAGGCUUGAGCGCCUUGUGACUCACAGCCGAUGCCUCAAGGUUCUCAGGAGUGAUGACGAGGCCGAGGAGGUGAUUCAGGGUCAGAGUAUCUACAAAGUUCUCUCAGAUAUUAUUGACUAUGGGGAGCAAUUACGAAGUCUCACUAAAUUGGUGGGACGAGUUGAUGAAUCCGCUGGUAGGAUCGUAAGGACUCGUUCCUGUGAGACCUGGUUCGAUUUCUCACUGAGUGAGGUCUUCACUCAGGUAGGCAGCAUUUGGGCCAAUUCCAUGGCCCGGGAUCGUCACAAGCCGCAUGGAACCGUAUAUGUUUGCAGCAGCAUUGAACAGUGGGUGAGAUCGCCAAGCGUACUUCGGAAGGUUCGUGAUGGCGCCUAUCGGGACGGUGUUCAACAAGAGUGGCAAGUUCUUGCACAGCAUAAACGCGCCAGUAGCCCAGAAAGUUCUUAUAUCACAGACAUAUUUGUCUUUGAUGCUCUUUCCGGGUCACUUGAGGAGGCAAUCCUUGGAAUGCUUUUCACACCACUUGAGCUGAACCAAUCCACUGAAACCCCGAGCUCUUUUCAGAUUGCCGCCACAGUAACAGAUAAGUUUGUGCUCCCUCUAGCUACAACUGCGCCGACAAUUCACACACCCGCAAGUGGUUUCGAGCCCCCACGGACAACAGUGAAGCCGGCGAAGCGUGCCGUUCGCCAGAAAAAGAACGCCAAAGAAGAAAUAUGGGUCAAACUACAGCCGGUAUUGGCGGACAUUUCUGGCCUCGCGCCCGAGGAGAUCAACCAGACAGAUUCACUUGCCGACAUUGGCAUUGACUCUCUGAUGGGAAUGGAGAUGGCACGCGAAGUUGAAACAACCUUCAAGUGCACCUUGGAACAAUCCCAACUAGUCACUCUUGUUGAUAUUCCUGGUAUACUGAUCUUCCUUCAAUCAGUUCUGGGUGAAGGAGAGGAAGAUGAUGUGGGUUUUUCAGACUCGUCAGAAGCAGCAUAUUCCGAAGCCAGCGUGCCAUCGAGCCAUGAUGAUAUUGCUUCAAUAUCCAGUUCAGAUCAAUUGGAAGCUUGUGGGAAAUCAGAGGCGGCACUCCGACUCCCCACUUCUGUUAUUCUUGAGGCAUUCAAGGAAUCCAAAUCUCAUACAGACCAGUUCCUCAAGGCAUAUGGCUGCGCAGGAUACCUAGAUGGCGUAUCUCAAAAACAGACUCGGCUAUGCCUGGUGCUCACGAGCGAGGCUUUCAAGAAGCUUGGCUGUGAUCUUGAGGCAGCCAAGCCGGGAGAAGUCCUACAGCCUGUCCCAUUCAUUGCCAAACAUAAACGUUUCCAUGAGUAUUUAUACGGAAUGCUGGAAGAAACGCGCAUCAUUGAUAUUGAUGGCGACAUCAUCACUCGGACGGCAAUCCCUCUUCCUUCCCAGAGUGCUGAGGCAAUUCUCGAAAACUUGAUGCGCCAUCAUGCAGAUAAUGGGUCUUCACACCAACUGACGUACAACGUUGGCACCCGGAUGGCAGACGUCUUGUCUGGUAAAGCCGACGGGCCUCAGCUCAUUUUCGGAGACGCGAAGAACCGCGAGCUAGUUGCUAGCUUCUAUGGAGAAUUGCCUUUCAACCGGUUGUACUUUGAACAGAUGGUAGAAUUCCUCACUCUGUUGGCGACAAGAUUAAAGUUGUCAUCACACAGUCAACAUCCUCUCAGAAUUUUGGAGAUGGGAGCUGGAACGGGUGGAACAACAAAAGUCAUUGUGCCAGCGCUUGCGAAACUUGGCAUACCAGUCGAAUAUACAUUCACCGAUCUCUCGCCGUCUCUUGUGGCACAAGCAAAGAGGAAGUUUAAACAAUACUCCUUCAUGAAGUUCGCCGUCCAUGAUAUCGAGCAGCCUCCUUCUGACCCAGAGUUAAUGGGCUCCCAACAUUUAGUCAUUGCUAGCAAUGCUGUUCAUGCGACUCACUCACUAAGAGGCUCCGCAGAAAAUAUACGCAAGUUCUUGAGACCGGACGGAUUCGUCAUGCUUCUAGAGAUGAUGGGCACACUUCACUGGGUUGACGUGGUCUGGGGCACCCUUGAAGGGUGGUGGCUGUUUGACGAUGGGCGACGGCACGCCAUUGUGAAUGAACAAAGAUGGGAAAUGGAGCUCAAGAACGCAGGCUACAAGCAUGUCGAUUGGACUGAUGGCAAGUUCCCGGAAAAUCAUGUCCAAAGAGUUGUAAUUGCCAUGGUGGCCGAUGCAGAGCAAGACCUUGAAACCUCGUCUCCCAGUGGUGAAAGUCUCCCAACGGCAACCAAUAACCACGGUAUAUCUAGAGACGACAUCGAAUCCAGAAAGUCAGCUGCUGAUAGAUAUGUUCAAAGCGCAGCAGAUGGAUUUUUGAUCCCGGAAUAUAAUGGGCCGUCUCUCGAAUAUACAACGACAAAAUGCGUGCUCGUAACUGGGGGAACUGGGAGUCUUGGUAGCCACAUUAUUUCUCACCUGUUAAGUUUACCUACGGUUGACUUCGUAUACUGCCUUAAUCGACAUGCACCACCGAUCAAGGAUGCUCCGAUCCGCAGCCCAUUACGUCGACAAAUGGACUCAUUUGAAUCAAAGGGCAUUAAAUUAAGUGAGGGCCAACUGGCGAAGCUGAAAGUGUUUGAAUCAGACUCAUCGAAGUCCCAGCUUGGUAUGCCUGCAGAUGAGUAUGAUCAACUUCUCAAGAAUGUCACUCACCUGGUCCAUAAUGCCUUCCCAGUCAACGGGAUGCGUUCUCUUUCUCAGAAUGAACCGCAAUUCGCCACGAUGCGGAACCUUGUCGAUUUGGCGGCCGCGGUCUCUGCACGCCGAAAGACUGGCACAAGAAAUGAGUUCAAAUUCACCUUCCAGUUCAUAUCUUCUCUCUCAGCCGUGGGAAUGUAUCCAAUCGUCAACAAUGGCGAGAUAGCUGUGCCCGAAAAAGAAUUAGAUAUCGACUGUGCGCUUCCGAACGGGUAUGGUGGUGGCAAGGUUAUAUGUGAACGUCUUCUCUUUGAGACUCUUGGCCGAUAUCCUGACCGCUUCAAAGCCAUGACUACACGAUUAGGCCAGCUUUCUGGUUCCAUUGAAACCGGAUACUGGAAUCACAUGGAGGUUCUGGGCUUCUUAUUCAAAUCGGCACAAACAUUAAAAGCAUUCCCUGAUGUGAAAGGAGUAAUAUCAUGGCUGGCUCUUGAGGAUGCAUCGGCUUCUUUAGCAGAGCUUCUUUUACGAGAGGAUCCAGAGUGCCACCGAAUUUAUCACGUUGAUAACCCAAGCCGAAGAACCUGGGAAGACAUGUUGCCGGUGCUAACCGAGACGCUUGGAGUGCCAUCUAGCGGAGUAAUCCCUCUCCCCGAGUGGCUAAAAAGAGUUCAGGCCUACCCAGGCGAGAACCCUUGGGAUAACCCAGCGGCAAAGGCCAUUGACUUCUUUGAUCAUAAGUUUGAACAUAUGUCUUGCGGUGGAGUUACCAUGUCUACGGAUCAUGCCAGGGAGCAUUCGCCUACUUUGAGAGCAGUUCAGCCGGUGAGUGAUGGGCUGGUGAGAAAAUACAUACAAGGUUGGAAAGACAGUGGAUUUUUGAGAUAG